UGUAUGCGUGUGUGUGUGUAUGUGUGUAUCUAUGAGUGGGUGAGUGUGUGUGAGAAUGGCCGGCCCCACCCCUGUGCUCUGCGAUCAAAUAAAAGGAGGUGGCCAGCAGUGGAGAAGCACACAGAGGGACUUUGACUCUCCUUUGUGAGCAACCUCCUCCGCCUCUUCCAGUCCGCUCCGCACUCCUCUCUCGCUUCUUCUUCUUCUCUGCAAAGAGACAUCCACAAAAACCCAACAGACGCCAUGGCAAGCACCAGAUCUAUCAGCUACAGUGCCAGAAGCGGCCAUGGUAGUGGCUCCGUGAGGAACAGCUACUCCAGCCAGUCAGCCUACGCCAUCCCCAGCGGCGGCAGCCGGAUCAGCACAGUAACUAGCGUCCGCCGCUCCGUUGGGGCUACUGGUAGUGGCUGGGGUUUGGGCCUCAGCGGCGGCGGCAGCAGCAGCAGCGGUGGAGUCUAUGGCCUUGGUGCAGGCUUUGGCGGAGGCCUUGGCGGAGGCUUCGGCGGAGGCUUCGUUCCUGCACCUAUUACCGCUGUGACAGUCAACCAGAGCCUCCUGGCCCCCCUCAACCUGGAGAUCGACCCCACCAUCCAGGCUGUGCGCACCCAGGAGAAAGAGCAGAUCAAAACCCUCAACAACCGCUUUGCCUCCUUCAUUGACAAGGUGCGUUUCCUGGAGCAGCAGAACAAAAUGCUGGAGACCAAGUGGAGUCUUCUGCAGGAGCAGACCACCACCCGCUCCAACAUUGAUGCCAUGUUUGAGGCCUACAUUGCCAACCUGCGUAGACAGCUGGACGGCCUGGGCAAUGAGAAAAUUAAACUGGAAGGAGAGCUGAAGAACAUGCAGGGUCUGGUUGAGGACUUCAAGAGGAAGUACGAGGAUGAGAUAAACAAGCGUGCUGCAGCUGAGAAUGAGUUUGUCCUGCUGAAGAAGGAUGUUGACGCUGCCUACAUGAACAAGAUUGAGCUUGAGGCUAAGGUUGAUGCCCUUCAGGAUGAGAUCAACUUCCUCAGGGCAGUCUAUGAGGCUGAGCUGCGUGAGCUGCAGUCUCAGAUCAAGGAUACAUCAGUCAUUGUGGAGAUGGACAACAGCAGGAACCUGGACAUGGACGCCAUUGUGGCUGAAGUGCGUGCUCAGUAUGAGGACAUCGCCAACCGCAGCCGUGCUGAGGCCGAGAGCUGGUACAAACAGAAGUUCGAGGAGAUGCAGACUUCAGCUGGCCAAUACGGUGAGGACCUGCGCACAACCAAGUCUGAGAUUGCUGAGCUGAACAGAAUGAUCGCUCGCCUGCAGAACGAGAUUGAGGCCGUCAAGGGACAGCGUGCUAACCUUGAGGCUCAGAUUGCCGAGGCAGAGGAGCGGGGUGAGCUGGCAGUGAAGGAUGCUAAGCUCCGUAUUAAGGACCUGGAGGAGGCCCUUCAGAGGGCUAAGCAGGACAUGGCCCGCCAGGUGCGUGAGUACCAGGAGCUCAUGAACGUCAAGUUGGCCCUGGACAUUGAGAUCGCCACCUACAGGAAACUGCUGGAGGGAGAGGAGAGCAGACUCACAGCUGGAGGAUCCACUGCCACCAUCCACGUGCAGCAGACCUCUGGAGGUGGUUUCUCCUCUGCCAGCUCUGGAUAUGGCCAAGGAAGUGGAAUUGGAGGUGGAAUUGGAGGUGGAAUUGGAGGUGGAUACAGCGGUGGAUACGGAGGUGGAUACAGCGGUGGAUACAGCGGUGGAUACGGCGGUGGCCACAGUGGAGGCUCAACCAUAACCAAAUCCGCAGUGAAAACCGUCAGCAGCAGCAGCGGCAGCAUCAGACGCUACUAAGCAGAUGCAUCCCAAUUCCUUCCCCUGCCAACCUGCACCUACAUUACCACCCUUUCAACUUAGACCAUCUAUGGUGCUAUUAGUUCUAACUAGCAGCCCCUUUUAGAAGUCUCCAACCAGGAGAUGCUCUACUGUUUCUGAAUACAGGCUUUUGUCUGAUUUUCCUAGAUAAAAUUCUGAGGAGCUUUUUUGGUUCGAUGUCAUUUGUCUGUAGCUUACAGCUCCUCUUUGGCCAGCCAGGGAGCAAUGCUUCUUGUAUGCUGAUGCCUCCCUCUUAUUUCUCAUUCAACUGCAAACCAAAAACCAGAAUUAAACCAGAAAGAAUGUAAAGGGAAAAUGUUUGAUCCCAACUUCUGACUUGCUCUAUUUUCUGCACUGACAUAUUUGGGGAAAGGAAGACUAGAUGGAGAUAAAAGUUGAAAAAGAGAGCAACAAUUCAAUACACUAAAACCACUAAAGGACAGCAAGUUCCAUUAUCAUAACCAGAAGCAGUGCCACGGCAACACUAGAUCAGAGAAUUUCUAUGCAGGUUCAAAAGGGCUCAUCUAGGUAGAAGCUUUCUGCUACCACAUGUCUGCUGCUAGUAAGACGCAACUGUAACAAAUAUUAGUUAAUAUAGUCCAGUGAUUUUACACUGUAGGCAGAUUUGUUCUGGCAAAACUCAUAUCACUUAUGGGCUUCUGAGGAUGACCCUCUUCAGACUGUGUACAGUGGCAUCUGCUGAUUUGGCAGCUGUAAACUCCAUUAUGUUUGUGCUCCAUCCCUCCCCUAUGCUCAAAAUGCCACCAGAGCAGAAUUAAGGGUCUCAUUCCCUUUUUCUCAGGCUGUGCCAUACUUGAUUUUCUACUUCAUGAAAACAAUGCAAAAACGUAAUUAUGUGAGGACCAGAUUUAUUUUAUUUUUUUGGCAAUUGACUUUGUAACAUCUUCAAAACUGAAUGAAAUAAAUCUGAGAUCUAUA